AUGCCACCACCCCCCACCUCAGAGUCCGAGCUCCCCUUCGACGCCCCGGGCGCGGGGAAGCCGUGCAAGACAUGGUACAAGAUCGUCGGCACCCUAUCACCGUCCACACCGCCCCUCAUCGCCCUGCACGGCGGCCCCGGGUCCGGACACGAUUACCUCGAGGCACUCUUCGACCUGACGGAAUCGCGGGGCAUCCCGCUCAUCCUGUACGACCAAAUCGGCUGCGGGCGGUCCACGCAUCUGCGCGAAAAAGCCGGCGACGAAUCCUUCUGGACCUUCGACCUGUUCGUCAAGCAGCUCGACGAGCUCGUCGACCAUCUCUCGCUUAGGGAUUCCGGGUUCCAUGUCUUGGGCCAGAGCUGGGGCGGCAUGCUCGGCAGCGCGUAUGCGGCGCGCAGACCGCGCGGGCUGAGGAGGCUGGUGCUGAGUGGUGCGCCGGCGAGCAUGCCGCUGUAUAAGCAGGCGUGCAAGAUACGGCUUGCGGAACUGCCGGAGGAUGUGGGCCGCGCGCUUAAGGAGUGCGAUGCGAAGGGCGAUCAUGAGAGUCCGGAGUUUAAGGACGCGGCGGCGGUGUUUAUGAGGCGGUUUGUGUGUCGCUUGGAUCCCCUGCCCGAGCCGAUUCAGAGGACUUUUAAGAAUAUUCGCGAUGAUUCGACGGCGUAUGGGACUAUGCAAGGACACUCCGAAUUCGACACCGUCGGCUCGCUCAAGGAUUGGGAGGGUUGGAAAGAUGCGCAUAACAUUGAGGCCGAGACAUUGCUUUUGAAUGGGAGAUACGACGAGGUUAUGGACUUUGUGGUUGAACCUUUUUUUAAGACGAUCAAUAAGGUCAAAUGGGUGACGCUUGAAAAUUCAAGUCAUACGUCUAUGUGGGAAGAUCGGGAACGAUUCAUGCAGCUUGUUGGAGACUUUUUGUUGUAUUAA